AUGCUGGAGAUCGGGCUCAAGUACGGCGACUCGCUGAAGCUGUGGAAGCGGGCGUUUCCUAGAGGCAGAAUCUACGGCAUCGACAACGGAGUAAUUUCCAAGGCAUUGGCGCAGACCCGCAGCCGCAGAAGCACCAUGCAGAGGCGCGGGACUCGCGGGUGUGUCUCUUCCCUGCCUCCUCGCCCUGUUCAUCACACACCCAUGCCCCAUCCACUUUGUCUCUCAUGGAUGCAGAAGCACCAGGCGGAGGCGAGGGACCCGCAGAAGCACCAGGCGGAGGCGAGGGACCCGCGGGUGCGGCUGAUGGUGGGCAACCAGGCGAAUGGGACGUUCCUGGAGCAAGUGGUGGCUGAGAUAAAGAGUGCGGUGGGUCUGCUUGACUUCAUAGUGGACGAUGGUGGUCACACCAUGGAUCAGCAACAGACAUCCCUCAAACACCUCCUUCCUCUUGUCAAGGUACCUUAG